AUGGCCAACCACGCCCUCAACCUCAACCCUCCCGAUGCUACCCUUCACAUUUCCACCCAUGGCUCAGAUUGGUUGUGGGCCGCCUUCUCCAUCUUCACCUUCUCCCUUCUGGUUAUGAUUGUCCUGGAUCUGAUGCGCCCUCGUGGCACCCGCCUCUUCCACCAGAUUGCCAUCGUCAUCCUCGCCACCUUUACCCUCGGCUACUUCUCCAUGGCUUCUGACCUCGGCGCUACCCCCAUUCCCGUCGAAUUCCGUGGCCAUGGCAGCGAUCCUACCCGCCAGAUCUGGUAUGUCCGCUACAUCCAGUGGUUCAUCACCUUCCCCUUGCUCCUCCUCGAGGUCUUGCUCGCCACUGGUCUCCCUCUCUCGGACAUCUUGACUACCCUCUUCAUGUCCAUCGUCGUCGUCAUUUGCGGUCUCGUCGGUGCUCUCGUUCACAGCACCUACAAGUGGGGCUACUUUGUCUUUGGUGUUUUCGCCCUCUUCUACGUCUGGUAUGUGCUACUCUGGCAUGGCUCGAACACUGCCUUCCCCGGCAGCGGUGCCCUGCGCCCUGGCUACCUCCAGUCUGCUGGAUUCCUCGCAUUCAUGCUCAUCACCUACCCCAUCUGUUGGGCGUGCUCCGAGGGCGGCAACGUCAUCUCCCCUACAUCGGAGAUGAUCUGGUACGGUAUCCUCGACGUCCUUGCCGGCCCCGUAUUCCUCUUCUUCUUCCUCUGGCAUCUCAGUGGCGUUGACUACGCAUCCUUCGGCUUCACUUCCGGCAGGUCCACGGGCACUGCGGUCUCGGAGAAGCCCCCAGUGGCAGCUUAA